UAUCUUCCUGCUAAAGUUACAGAUGCAAUUAUUUUAACAUUUCAGGCCAUCGCGGCAUAUUUUAUGGAUAUUGUUAAUUCCUCUCACAGCUAUGCUACUGGAGGAACAUCUGUCAGCGAAUUUUGGUCUGAUCCCAAACGCUUGGCAGAUACUCUCAGCACAGAGGAUGAAGAAUCUUGUACCACUUAUAAUAUGCUUAAGGUAGACGAAAAACUCUUACAGAGAAAACACAUAAAAGGACCUACAUGGGGAUUUCCGGUGGCAGGGAAGAAACCGACUAAGAAGGGGAUUUGUUUUGCAAGCAAACCAAUGACGAACUUCUCUUCGAUUGGGAGUGCCACUGGAGAGAGAAAGUCCCGCUCUCCGAAUAUCGAUGGCGACUCUGCACAAGAAAGAGAAAGAGCAAAUCACACCCAACAAAUUCUGCUGACAGAGAAAGCAGCAGGAGAAAUGGCGGCUAGAAACACCACUCCUCCCGACGCUUGCGUAGGGAAGAAAAAAUACUACAGGAGAAAGGGCAGCGAUGGAUUUGGUUGGGAAAAAAUAAUGUUGUUUCCUGUGACUGGGAAGAGCAACAGAAAAAGACUACUUUGUUUCCUGUGGGAAAUUCCUUCGGGCAAGAACAACAAGAAGGUUCUCCAGAGAGGGACAGCUGGAAAGUCUUGUUGUUGGGUCCCAACUCAUCAGAGAAGGGUCGUCAUUGAGAGCGAGAGCUGGUCGACAGAGGUCCGGCUGAAAUCUUGUCGGGAAAGGCCCGGUGAGAGGGCGACAGUAAUCCAUGGUUGGUUGCCCAAGCAAUAUAUCCUCGAUGAGGAUCUCAAACAUGUUCUCACUAUAGAUGCGCUCCAGUCUCGUGAUGAGAAGUCUUCUCGGUCGGUUGUGCUUCAACCUCUAUAUUUUUUACCAAAAAUGAUAUUACUUUCAAUCUUUUAUUCUGCAGGAAUUGAAUCAUUUUCAAAAUUGGGUGACUCUAUUUAUUUUGAGAAGCUGGGAAGUUCUCUUGGGCUCUACAUAACACAAUUUAUACCAAGUUCCUUUGAAUGGAAGUCUGGAGGCAUCACAGUGAUUCAGAAAAUAAAACAUUUUAGCGCUCUUGAACCUGUUCUUCAGAUCUCUUUUGACAUUUCUUCCAAUGGGACAAGCAGUCAAAUUUUAACCUUAAACAUUCGGAUACCAUUUUGGACGGCUGGAUCAAGUAAUGGUGGGAAAGCAACACUAAAUUCUCAAGAAUUGCAUCUUACAGAUCCAGGGACUUUCCUCUCCAUCUCUAGGAUCUGGAGUUCAAAUGACAAGCUGGAGCUUCAGCUGCCCAUCAACUUGUGGACAGAGGCAAUAAAGGAUGACCGGCAACAAUACGAAUCGAUACAAGCCGUCUUCUUUGGACCAUACCUUCUCGCUGGCCUCUCCGACGGCGACUGGGAUGUUGACACUGGAAAUUCCACCACCGUUUCAGACUGGGUAACUCCAGUUCCAGAGUCUCAGACAUCUCAUCUAAUCUCACUAUCACAAGAAUCCAACAACAAACAUUUUGUGGUCUCCAUCACAAACAACACCCUCAGAAUGACAGAAUACCCUAAAUCUGGUACCAACGAUGCCCUUCAUGCAACAUUCAGGCUUGUUCCUCAGGACGCCGAUGAACAGCUCUUCCAAGCUCCAUGUUGCAAUAAUCUUCUUGGAAAAUUUGUGAAGAUUGAGCCAUUCAACAGCCCUGGAAUGUAUGUGACACCUUUGUCAUGGAAUGGAAACGUUAUUCUCUCCACUUCUCCCAAGACAAACUCAAAGUCUACAUUUCGCGUCGUUUCGGGUUUGGACGGGAAUGCCGGCUCAGUGAGUCUGGAGUCCGGAGACCAUAAGGGCUGCUUUCUCUAUACUGGUGUGAAAUUUUCUGAGGGAAAAAAUGUACAGCUGAUAUGCAAGCAGAAGGAUGAUGCUUCUUCAUUUAAGAAAGCUGCGAGCUUUUCAUUAAGCAGUGGGUUGAGGCAGCAUCACUCUAUCAGUUUCAGGGCAAAGGGUGUAAGGAGGGACUUCAUUCUGGAGCCAUUGAUGAGCUUGAUGGAUGAAUCUUAUACUGUCUAUUUUAAUUUGACAAGAUGAAAACUGGGAAAAAGGUGAUUGAUAAUGUGUUAAUAAGGCUUAUUUUAAUUGGGGAAUGGUGAUGAUCUUUAUAGUUGAUUGUAUCUGUUCUGUUCUUAUAAAUUGUCAGAGACUCUCAUUUGUUAAUGAGCAUGUUC